AUGUUGGCCUUCUACGCAAGGGCGCGGGGGGCACCCUCAGCUGCGUCUGCGGCCCUGCUGCUUCAGCGCCGUCGCGUAGAGUACUGGGGCUCGUCUGUGACAGGCCGCACACAACCGUUUGCGCAGGGCGACAUGCUUCCACGCCUGGACAACACACGCAACGCCAUCAAUAAAUCCUCCAGUGCAGCCGCAAGUAUUACAGGGAAUCAUUUAGGCAUUGCAUAUGAUGGCAAUAACAUUUUUUCAGUGGAGGAAUACAGCCGGCUGGAGAAGGAGCACUACCAACCCCUGCGGGGUGUCUCGCGCUACAAGGUGGAGCCCAUCAAUGAGGGUGAUGGCCUGACGACACAACGGCUGAUGCUGGAGCUGGAGGAGGACACCGUUGUCGGCCUUGAUGCCGCGUGGUGGGGUGCUGUUUUCAAGGACUUCCCAUCUUUAAAGAAACCCUGCACGAGUGAGUUUAAGGCAGAGUUUGCAGAUUUCUACAAACAGGCCUUGGGAGUGGCCCACGAUGAGGCUGCAGUGACGGCUCUUGCGGUGCCUUUUGUGCGUCGCCAGAUGCAGACAAAAUUUAUUAGCUUUCCGAUGUUUUGGCGUAUUGCGGAGAAGCUGUCAGACGCUCUGGUGACGGCAGCUGCAGGCCGUCGCCACGAAAUGCGUGUCUCCCGCAUAGCGGUAGAGCGUGUUACAAAAAUUGCAUUGAACACAAUCGCGGAUGAGCCAUGGGCACACAAGGACACGACAAGUCCUUUGCUCUUCGAUGUAUCGAAUUUCCGCGCGUGGCAUGAGGCUGGCAACUGGUAG